CGUUCAGCACAUGGUCACACUGAUGACUUGAACAAAACACUGACCGGAAUUAAGCUCACCGAAUUCGUUUCGUACAUAAAUUAACUUCCCUGUAUACACAAUGAGUUGUCCCGGAUUUGGCGAACUUAAUAUCCCGUCGUCCCGCGCCUUUUGGGACGACUGCGAGGAGGAUGAGUUCGAGAACAUGAAGCCGGCUGAGAAGCUGCAGCUGAAAUUUGAUGUCGAAUCGGCUGGAGAUGUAGCCCCGGUGGCGAGCGAUCUUCUGGUGGUCAUUGAAGGACCCCAUGUCACACACUUUGCCACCACUGUGCUGGCAAAGGACUCGAAACGUCUCUGCAGCAUCCCAGCUAAGACUUCGUCCCUCCACUGGAAUGCCUCCUCCAAACAGUUGCUGGCCAUCCUGGAGGAUGACUUGUCCAGCAGUGGCGAAGUCACGGAGCUUCUACUGCCCUACGCAAAGCUGGCAAAGAACGUGGUCACCCUCACGUUGAAGCCAAAGGUUGAGUUCAAAAGCGAGGAAAUCCAGUUCUACAGUGAUCACGUAGCCAUAGUUCGUGGUGUGGGGGUCAACCAGAAGGAUAUUACUGAACUGGAAGCUCCCAAUUUCAUUGCCGGAGUAGCGGCGGGCAUUGCCAGUUGGCGCGAUCAGGAAGAGUUGCCGGUAAGCUCCUUUGUCAUCUACACCGACAAGUUGCCCCUCGACUCUACAGCUGCCCAACCAGUACUGAAGCUGCUGAAAUCUGUGGGCGUGACCUGCAAUUCCAGCUAUAUCCCACCGCGCAAGGAGAGCUCCUAUCUGUACAUGUAAAAAUUGACUUUUGGCUGGUGUUUUCUAGUUUUAAUUCAUUCAUAAAAAGGUUGCGGAAUAAAAAAUCGAAUUACUUUAGUACUUCAAA